GGUUUUUACAGAAGAAAAGUGAAGAUGGUGGUGAAUCGGUUACUUGUGAGGGAAGUAUGAUAAACUGGUGACAGCAAGUACAUUUUGAAACUUAGGAAAACAGGGAUAUUUUGUUUGUGUUCGCCAUUAUGCGUAACACUUAAAUGAGACCUGAUUAUAUUGUGAUAAUUCGGGUAGACUAGUUCAGCAUAGAUAACUCAAAUGUAUUUGUGGGCCGUGCUGUCGACUCUAAACCACAAAAUAUAGUACGUCGCUUCAAAUGGCCAACUGCUUAGGAAUAGUUUACUGAAAUGUAUGUAAGCGUGAGCCGUGUCAUUGUGCAAGGAUUGUGGUGUUAUUUCGAAGUAUAUUCGUGCAUUUUAAGCGAAAACUAAAGUGUAUAUAAAUCACUUGGUCUGCCCGUCAUAUUUUUAAUUCCGAUUAAAUUAUAAGAACGAAAAAUAGGCCACAACUUAAUACGGAUAAAGUUAGAAAUAUAAAGAACUUAAGGGAGAUUGCAAAAUAAAACGUGAGAGUUUACACUUAGCACUCGAUCGAUCAAAGGGUGGUUAUUCCAUUUCUCAUUAGGGUGCAUUUUAGCCACUACUGUAAUGUAUGUAAACUCGCAAUUCUAAAAGUGCAGGUACGAGUAGACCGUGAGGACCAUAGUUAUGUAAAGUGUCACGCUUUCGAUUGUAGGAACCUCGAGCCUAUUUGUUGACAGGAGCCAAAAUUAUUUAUGAAUACUGAAGUUCUCACAUCUGAUAGAUGGCCUUUUACAACCUGGUCUUCCUCCUGGAUGCCUCCUCUCCAACUAAACUGGGCCAGCUUAUUGUAUGGAGAAUUCUUAACUGUUUUGCUUGCAAGUAUGGUAUGGAGAAUAUACGUUGGGGGUACAAGUGGUGUGAGCCAAGAGGUAAAAUCAGCCGAGGUUCCGAUUUCAAGGAACUGAAAGUUAAAAACUUGGAAGAACUGGAGGGAGAGUUUCGCAUAAAACUGGAUGAGAUAUCUGGGAUGAAUCACUGUGAAAAGUUGCCGUCAUGUUCUCUUGCCGGCAAAGCCAUACUUCUGCAAACUGCUCUGAAAGAGGCACUCCUUGAUUUUCAAUGGGACCGGCCUGAUAUUACCUCUCCAACAAAACCAGUACCACGAGGACGUAGACGAGGAACCGUUAAUAGCUCUGUGGACGAUGACCCCGCAGUAAGGAAACGGAAUCUGCUUUUUAUCCUAUGUGCCUGCCCCCAGUCUAUAACCGAGUUGGAGGAGUUCUUGUCACCUGUAAAGCUGAGACGAAGCGGAUCCUUUGAAGGUUUGGCAGACUGUCUUUUACCCAAAAGAAUUAAGGAAAUCAUUUUUCAGAACAAAGUCUUUCUUCAUUGGAUGGAUACAACAGAAUACUCCAAGCUUCUGAAAUGUGAAGACUGUUCUGGAUAUGAAGCAAUAUCAAAAGUGAUGAGUCAAAUUAGUGGGAGCUUAGUGCCUUUUGAGGCACUGCUUCAGCUCUCAGUCAAAAAUGUGCGUGCUGAUACAGAGCUAUUAAGCAGAGAACACAGUGACAACCCCAUCAGUUUCCUCCUUCAGAAGAAAGACGCUGUUAUCCCUGUUGAUUCCAGCCUUAACUGCCUUAUGCACUCAGAGCAGGUCUAUAGAGCUGCUUUUCCAAUGUACCAAGGAAAACUUCACUGGGACAGAGCUGAAGAUGUAAAGGUGAUUGAUGUUUCUUUGGAGGCGCUCUCAUCCUUUCAGCGGCCAUUAACCAGUUGUGUGAAAAUAAUCUUGAAAUCCACGGUGACUGAUUGGAACUGCUCAAAAUCAAAAAUACUUAAUACAGAGAGCUGGAUUUUACACCAUACAGAAGAUCACCUGCUCCAGUGUUUUUUAGUUGACCUUGCCUUAAGGAAUCUUCACAUGGUGGUUAGUGUUGAUUUCAGUAGUGGUUUUCCACCCUACACUGGCGUUUUGUCUCCACUGUCGCCUACAACCGCACUUCUUACUGUACUCCUCCCAAGACCACUUUAUGAAGCAGAUGAAUUAAUGAAUAAGGUUAUCGUACAGAGUACAGAUGAUACUUCUAGCGAUCUUUCUGAUAUUUUGUCACAUGUGUUGAAACAUAACCAGCAGAUGGAGGAACACCAGAACAACAGCUCAGAUGCAGCUUCAGAUAUUUCUGAAAUAGAUUAUAUUGUCCCUGAAUGGGUGCAACAGGAGCUGAAAAUGAGUGAUUCUGUGACUUCGACUGCUGUUGAAGAUUGGUUUCUUAUGUCAGAUCUGGCUGGAAUCAGUUCUAAUUUAAUGGAGUUAAUCAGAUUAUUAUCUGCUGUUCCUGAGGAUGAAGGAGGAGAGGUAUCAGAGUUUGAUAUGACAGACUGUUUGUCUGAGAUGUACCAACAUUCGAUUAAUAAAUCUUCAGGACGACAGAACAAGAAAAAACGUGGUGUGGACUGUACGCCCGUGAGGCAGAAAAUGAAGACCAUGAACCGUUCCCUCCAAAUGCUGAAUGCAGCUCGACUUAAUGUCAAAGUUCAAAAGAGUCAAGCAGAUGAACACAUCAUAAGUGACAUAAAUAAACAUGGGAAACGACGCUCAGCAGACAAACUGGGAGAUAAAGAGCAGACAACAUGCCCCACUGUUGAUUUCAGAAAUGAAGAAGACCUUUCCAUUUAUGUUAAGGAGAUUUAUGAAAAGAUGGCAGCCGAACAACAGUGUGAUAUCAUUACACAAGUCCAGAACUGUGUUAAGUUUAUUAAAGCUUUUUUCAAAUCCCCAAAUCCUCAAGAUCUAGAGAUGAAGUGCAUAGAGUUUAUAAAAAGGAAUCUACUUAAGACAAGUCAGGCAGUACGUCAGCAGUAUGGAGCUGUGGAAGACAGUGAAAUUAAAGUGAAAGAGUGCCAGAUACAAUUUGUAUUCCGUCUGGAGAUGUGUCUUCAGUGUCCAUCCAUUCAGUCAAAUGCAGAAGACUUAGAACAGAUUAUAGAGGAGGAAAGUAAUAUGUUACGUAUGUUAUCUUUAACCAAGAAUCCAGCUUAUCUCACACAGUUCCUUGAAGAAGACAUCUUAACUGUAUAUGUCUCCCUUCUCCCGAAAGUCUUGGGCAAUAUGUACUACAGCCUUGGCACCCAAAUACCUAAAAAGCUGGCCUCUGUACUUCCUCCAGACUUCUUCAGUGAUGAUUCUGUGGUGCAUGAAAGCAGUUCUCCAGCUGCUUCUCUGCCAUCUCUAGCCCCAAGCACUGCUUCAGUUGCAGGGGAGUGCUUAGAAGAUCUACGCUGCAGAUCUUCUAGGAAAAAGAGGGGUGGUGUACUGAGUCAUCAUCGUAGUAUCAGUGAUGUGUCCCAGAGUCUACAAAUUGAAAUUCCUCAGAAGUGUACAAGAAGGGACUCUUCAAAGUCUCGUAAGUCUUCAGUUAUCAAGCAACCUGUCUUAGAAGACCCCAAAAAUGCAGUGCAGGAGGUUACUAAAGUUCGCAGAAAUCUGUUUAAUCAACGCUCAAAUCCCUCCGCCAAAGUCAAGCUGCCGAGAAGUCAGUCUGUGUCUGCAGUGGAUAAACUAAAGCAGAAUGGCACACAAUCAAAGAAAAAUGAAAUGGACUGUCUAAAGUUGCGGUCAAGAAAAGUGACUGAAACGCCUCUUCAUAAGCAGGUUUCUAAUCGACUCUUAUACAAUCAGAUAAAAAGGAGAAGGUCAGACUCAGUAUCUGAUAUCUCAAUUGUAGAGGAAUCCCCUCUGAAACCACCACCUGAGACUGAUCUAAGAAGAAGUCCUCGAAUCAAGAAGCUUGCUUUGAGCAGGAGGUACUCCAGCUCUUUUUAUUCUAGCUCCCAGCCUGUGUCACGCAAUUUAGAGCGGGUUCACUCCUCUUCACAAUUAGCAUUCACUGAUAACAAAAAAGGACCUUUUGAUGUACAAACAAUUAAGUCUCCAGUUCGACUUCUUUUUGGUGAGGUACUGUCACCAAAGUCUAAGCAUUCCAAACAGGAAACUAACGGAAGGCACAGUCAAAGCUCAGAAGAUCAUUCUGCAUAUAAGACUCCCAAGAAGGUUUUGCGGUCCACUUCGACAAAAGAGUUGAGCUUAUCGUCAAAUGACAGACCAUCUACAAGGUCUUUCCAGACCUCUCCAAAUACACCGACUGAAACACCUCUUAAAUCCAAAGAGAAGUGUAAGGACAGUAUUUUUAAAUCACCAUGUAGAAGAAGUCCACGUUUAUUACAAGUUACAUCUGUUAAAGAGGAAUCACCUGUAAAUAAGCUGAGGACACCAGUGAAAAGAAUUGAAAAGUCUUUCUCUUCUCCAAAGUUGAGUAUUUUACAAAGUCCAUUGAGAUCACCAAAAAACUUGUCUGUUAGAUGGUCACCAUCUCUUAAUGUGGCAGAAUCCUCAAGUUUAACAAUGAAUGAAAUAUGUAUAGAACAGACCCCUGAAAAGGUAUGCACUCCAAGAAAAAGCCCUCACAAGCCUUUUAUGGCCAAGUCUUUAACACAGUCAUUUGAAAACUGCACCCCUCCCAGGAAAUUACAAAGGAAUGAAGAUUUCACAACAUCAUCAAGGAGCAUAAAAGGACCUAGUACUCCAAAAAAACCUAUUGAAACACUACAGACAAACUGUAAAAACAGACAGAAUACUGUGUUUUCUAAAAAAAACAUGUGUACUUAUCAAUCAUUUUCUCCAAGAAAAGAUUGUGUGGAUUCAAUAAAUUCAACACUAAAUUCUACACCACAAAAGGCAUGUUUGAUUUCACUUAAAAAAACUGACUUUACAAAGCCUUCCACUUCACUCAGAAGGUCAGAUAGAACAAACAUUAGUUUUGAAGAUACCUUGUCAAACCAUGAGACAAUCUCCACCCUAAAAUGUUCUGAUACAUAUCCAGAAAUCAGUAUUUGUCAAAGUGGUUCAUCUGAAAAAGUUUUACAUAAUUGUAUUACCCCAGGAAAGAUGAGGGAAAAGUGUGAUAACGUUUUCACAGAUGAUAAUCUAGAAGAAACUAAGUUUUUUGGGAAAAACAACCUACAUUAUGCUUUAGAACCUACUCCGAUAAAGUCCACAAACAGUGAUCAAAAUAUUUCUAAGUUUAAAAGGAAGCAUCUGUCAAAAUCAAAGGCCAAUGAAAACCAACUGCAGGCUGAUUCUGACAGGAAAUUAAUAGGCAAGAAUCUUGUAAACCUAAAGGCAGCAAACAACAGUAACCUUCCUAGCCAAGACUCAAGUUUUUCUCAGUGUUCUCAGAAUGAAUCUGAAGAUGUUUUCUGUGGCUACAUAGAUUCUUCUCAAGCUAGUGCUGGUGGAUCUAACUCUUUUACCACAACAGAAGAUGAUGAAAGCAUUGAAAUUUCAGAUGCUACAAUUUUAAAAACGCAGACUUCAGGAGGUCUUAAAAUGAAUAUUUCUUUCACCAGAAAGCCCUCAAAAUCUAAUGAAGCAUUUGAAGCUGCCUGUAAAAGUUCUUUAAGUAAUUCUGGUAUCACUUAUGGCUUUCGACUGACUCCAGAUCGUCUCCAAAGAGAGGCAGCUGCUCGCCUUAGGACACCUGAAUGCCCAAAUAAAUUCACCGCUUCCAGAGGUUCUCGCUCAUCUAAUAGGGCGGGUUGCCAAGCAACUCCUAAUACUCCCUCUUACCAGGUAGAGCUGGAAAUGCAAGCUUCAGGACUUCCAAAGUUGAAGUUUAAACGCACUGACUCACUUAAUGCAGAGGACAUUGCUCCAGAUGGUGGUUUGAAAGGGAUGACAUCAGGAAGCACAAGUAAAAGAAACUCUGUUUUAGAAAGUCCAGUGUCUCACUGUAUUAAGCAUCGAGAUACUGGCUAUUCCUCACCAUCCUCUCUUUGUUCUCAUGGUACACCAGCUAAAACUACACCUGGAAAGGCUGGAAUUCAGACAUAUAUUUGUCAGUCAUAUACUCCAAAUAGACAUUCAUCUACCACUAAUUCUCCUUCAGCAGUAACUGACUGUGCUCCCUGGACCCCUUCCCCUCAAAGUACAGGCAAAUCUACUCCGGAGAAUCUCCGAAAUUGGCCUCGUCGGAAAAAGGCUAUGAGUGGCAGAAGUAAGAAAAAAUGGAUAUUUCAAGGCCUUCCCAAUGAGGACAAUCAGAACCUAAAGCUGCUGGAGGAUUCUGACCUGGAUGGAAUCGUUUGGCUUCAAGAUGUCCAUGCUGUUAACCAAAGUGGUCUGUUAAAUUGUUCCAAGAAAACAUCCUUUGGUACAAAGUCUAAAAAGCGAACUAGUGCAGAGGCUUUUACUCCUGAUAAAGAGGAAGAGCAGAGAGGGUGCAAGAAGGCCAGCCUAUUUUCUUCUGAGGUGUACAGUAGCACAGAAACAGAAAGCUGCAGUCUAAUGGCUAAAUGUGAAGAUUUCAUCAUGUCAUCUGCAACACCAAAGAGCUGUAAAGUAAGACCGGUUUCAGCAAGUGGCCUCCUUGCUUUGACUCAGUCUCCAUUAUUAUACAAGACACCAUCAUCCAAUAAAACAUGCCGUGGUGAAAAUAAAGACUUUGAGUUAUCACCCUGGAAGAGAGAGGCAACAUCUCCAUUACAAGUGGGUGAAAUGAUCUCAUCAGAGAUGAAUUCCAAACAACUAAUGGCAAAGAAGACUUACAGCAGAAGAAAACUAUUGUCUUGAUGAUUCUUAGGAUAGAGACUAGACAUCUGAGAGACCUGUAAAGAAUUUUCUAAAAUGAUAUUCUAAAUGCUUCAGUUUUUAGAAGCUACUCCUCAUAUAAUAUUUAUAUGUUAAAAGAGGGCACAGUUGAUGAUCGGCUUGUGUCCAGACCAACAAGGAAAAGUAUUUCAUUGUAAAUUAAUUGAGUAUCACAGUUCUUAUAUUUAUUUAGGUUAUGGACAUUGUGAAAAACAAAUUGUGACCUUAUUUUAAAUAAAAUGUAAUUGUGAUACAGUUAAAGUAAUAACUUAAAAUGAAUGUCUUUCAGUAGUAAAUA